AUGAAGACGGCCUCUGAGGGAGAAAUAGCUGCUGCCGUCGAGAAGGCAAAGUCACAGAAUAGGGAACUUGUAAAGAAUGGCAGGUUGUUCCCCUAUGAACAAGUGACGUCCUGGGCAAAAGACGAAGAAUCACUUAAAAGGAUGAUGGUUGAACUGGAGAGGAGUACAUUGAUUGUUCACGGAGCCCCCCUUCCUGAGCACAACACCAUCGGUGAGGCUGCACAGACAGAGUCCAGGGACCAGGAUGAGACUGGAGGCCCGGCUGACGUUGCCUCUGAGAGCAGUGGCGAGUACUAUCAAAAUGUCCCUGAAUGUGUGAACUUCAUUGAUUUCCUUAAAUCUGAGAAAAAAGCCAUGUCUAAGGGGGUGAGCAAAGAGCUGGUUCAGAAGAGGCACAGCUUGUUGACUAGUGGGGACCGCAUGCUGCAACCCCAGGACUGCACUGCUGUUCUUAGGGUGGCAAAAGCUGACUUUUUAGCCAUCAUGAACAAGCUGGCUAAGAACUCUUCUGCUAUUCUGCAGUCGCCAGAAUGCGUUUUUGUAGUUUAUUACCUGGAGGGUGUGAUCAUUUUGAAACACCUCCAACGACCAGGCGUGGUGAGCCACAUGACUGUCGUUGAGUGGCUCUCCAAGAGGGAACUGGAUGGAUUUUUUGUCAUUGGGAUAAAGGAGCACAAAACUGCAGCUACACAGGUGGCCUCAAUCGGCCUGAGCCAGGAGGAGGUUCAUUGGUUUGAUUUCUACUACAAACUGGUGCGGCCACAGCUCCUCAUGGCGAGCAGGAAACGCAAAAGGGAUGAUGUUGAAGCAGACGACAAGUUUUUUGUUUCCUCAACAGGAAAGAUGAUUAAUAAUCCAACAAACGAUCUGACUCGUCUGCACGCAAAAUACAACCUCCCAAAUGUGAGCAGUCAGAUGGCACGUCGAGCCUGUGAGACGGCAGCUAAGAGCAUGACAGAAAGUGAGAAGUCAUUGUUGGCCAGUUAUUUGACUCAUUCUGAUGCAACAGCGGAGAAGCAUUAUAGGAUGGAGAGGGUUGAGGACAUUGUAAAAGCCUCUCGGAUUUUGGGGAAACGUCAGGAUCAGGGACAAUCACGUGCUGUACCUUCAGGGCAAGAUGCCGGCCUCGAGGAUCCUGAGGAGGGUCCUAGUCGUGCACAUGCUGACGCUGUCACACCUGAAGCACCUGUCACACCUGUCAAGGAGGCAGUGAUUUGUCUGCCAAGGAUCCAACUGGACAACGACAAGGUCAAACUCCAAGAGGCUUUGAGAGAACUCAUUGACAAACACCCCAUUACACUAAGUGGUGCUGGGCCGUCACCGAGAUCCCGCAAAAAUGUAUCCAAAGACUUUCAUAAAAGACUGGCCAUUCGCUGGAAGAAACAGCAGUUAAAGCUGCGUGUAGAACACACCCGUGCUCAUUUCAGUCGGCGUCUGCCAUCGAAGGACCGUCUCAAUGCAUGGGUGAAAAGACAAGGUUGGAAGGGAAUGGACGACAUCGUUGAGGAAGUUCUCCAAAACUGGGCACCAUCUGGAUCUGAGGAACGACUUCAGGACAGCAAGCAGAUCCAGGAUCUUUGUCAGACCCAGAAGUGGAGAGGACUUCAUGUGAAGGAGUUUGAAGGGAAAGGCCGUGGCGUAGUCACAACACGCAGAUUCCAAGCUGGGGAGGUGGUGUGUGACUACCACGGGACUGUCGUCAGAGCCAAAGAGGGAAAGAGAAUUCACCAGACCACCAGUGAAAGCGAGACGGGAUACAUGUUCUUUUUCCAAAACGCAAAGGGAGAAAGAUUUUGCAUUGACGCCCACUCAGAACACUGCAUUUGCCACCCAGGCAUGCAGACUCUGGGCAGACUCAUAAACCACUCCAAAAAGAGGGCCAACAUAAAGCCCAGGCACUGCACCUAUAAAAUAGAUGGAAAGGAAAAGGAUCAUGUCCUUUUCAUUGCCACCAGAGCUUUGGAGGUGGAUGAGGAAGUGAAAUUCGAUUAUGGAGUAAGUAAGAAGUCGUUUGGUGGAGAGGGUGAACAGCUCAACUGGCUCAACAAUGCAUAG